AUGAGAGACAAUCUCAUCUUCACUAACAUUCCUGAGUCUGAGCCCGACUCCAGCUAUGGAGAGUGUGAGAAGGUCCUGAGGAGUUUCAUAAAGGACAAGUUACACAUGAGUAACAGUGGUGACAUCAAGUUUAAACGUGUACACCGUCUUGGCCAAUAUAGGAGACCCCAGGGAGCUACCCAGCGACCCCGCCCUAUGAUAGCGAAGUUUAUCUACACUGUUGAGACGGAUGCUGUCAAGAGGGCUGGGAGGGAACAUAAGGGACAGCAGUUCAGCAUAUUUGAACAGUUCCCUGAGGAAGUUAGCACUUAUAGGAAGGAUGUUCUCAUGCCCCUGCUUAGAGAGGCAAGGAGAGACAAUAAGAAGGCGUAUAUCACUGUUGACAAACUCUAUGUUGAGAACAGAUUGCAAACUGUACCUGUGCCACCCCCAUACAGAGCACCCAGUACCUCUACCAGGUACAGUGCCAGGCCCCACCCUAGGCCAUAG